AACCCGCCAAACCGGAGCGAGAUGUUCCGUCUCUGAGGGAAAGUGAAAGUAAAGCAGCCGAUCCGGGUAAGGAACCUCCGCGGGUCGAAGUGUGCCACACGUUGUUUUAUUUUAAAAUGUAAAUCUAAAAACAAAGCGUGCAGAAGAUCUGGAUUGAUUUACAUGUUUAAAAUACAUUUUUUUAAAAACGUUGUCUUUAGCAUCACCCGUGUGAUCUCCUCAGCCCGGGCCUGCGCACGCAUGGCGACGCCGCGCCCGGAGUCCGGCCCGCCGCCCGGGGACGUCGCCAGGAGGUGCGCGGAGUCCGCGAUGAGCUCCUGGGAGUCGGCGCUGACCUCCGUCCAGCACUCGCUGAAGUUCGUGUCGCCGCUGAGGGAGGAGUUUGUCUGUCCCGUCUGCGGGGGAGUGGUGCUCAACCCCCAGCAGAACUCGUGCGGACACAUCUUCUGCUUCCUCUGCCUGCGCGCGCUGCGUCUGCGUUUGUGUUUCAGGGAGAGUUCACCGGCGUCCGGCCCGGUGUGUCCCGUGGACGGAGCCGCGAUCACACCUGCCGGGGUUUUCCAGGACAACUGCUGCAAACGGGAAAUCUCCGGUUUAGAAGUGUACUGCGUCAACUUCCCAGCAUGCGCCUCUGUGGUCACGUUACGCCGCCUGCAGGAGCACCUGGCCGACACCUGUCCUCUCCGCGGGGAGCCCCGCCCACACCGCCAGCCACCGCAGAGGCUCACCUUCAUCCAGGAUCGUGUGCAGAGCUCCUGUUUGCAGGUGGACUGUCCAGAGAGCUGCUCCCCGAAGGCUCCCAGACACAAGCUGGAGUCGUGUCCAGAGCAGGUCGAGCAGGUUGACUGUUCAUACAAGAAGUUUGGCUGCUCUGUGCAGGAUACUAGAGGGAGAGUGAAGCUGCACGAGGACGCCGCGGUCCAUCGUCACAUGCUGCUGGUCCUUAGGAGCAACACACACCUGGAGCAACAGGUGGAGGGUCUCCGGGAGGAGGCGCUGCUGAUGCAGCAGGAGGUCCAGACGGACGGUCUGCUGCUCGCCGGCCUGCAGAAGACAAUCAGGCCGCUGCUGCAACAGAAGGACGGACGCGAGCUCACAGUCUCUGCAGCUCAGAGGACGCUGGGCCGGCAGGAGGACGUCCUGUCCACUGUCCGGCUGGACGUCCAGCAGGUGUCUCGGGGACUUGGCGCUGGUCUGCAGGAGCUGGAGGAGCUCAGGAAGUCUGUGGACGCUGUGAUCCAGGAGGUGUCUGCAGCCGAGGCCCUCAGGCGACACCUGGGAACUUUGGAGGAGGAUCUGAAGCAGCACUCGGGUCUCCUGGAUCUCCACGCCGCCCAGCUCGGCGGAAACGAGCGACACCUGCGGGAGCUCGGCGGCGCAUCCUUCGACGGCCGGCUGAUCUGGAAGAUCGACGACUUCACGAACAGGAGGGAGGCCGAGGUCAGAGGUCGGCCGCCCUGCCUGAGCAGCGUCCCGUUCCACGCCGGGACCUGCGGCUACAAGCUGGCCUCCAGGGUCUACCUGAACGGGGACGGCGAGGGAAGAGGGACCCACCUGUCCCUCUACGUGGUCCUGAUGCCGGGGGACUUCGACGCCCUGCUGCCGUGGCCCUUCAGGCAGACCGUGUCGCUGUCCCUCCUGGAUCAAAGCGGCGCCGCCAACCACCGGUCCCUCAGCUUCAGACCCGACCCGUCGUCCAAGAGCUUCGGCCGGCCCGCCGCCGAGUCCGCCGGCAACGUGGCCGUCGGCUUCUCCUGCUUCCUUCCCCUCGGCGAGCUGGAGCCUCGUCACAACGCCGAGUACGUGAAGGACGACGCGCUGUUUGUCAAGGUGAAGGUGGACACGGCCGGUCUGGACCCGUAAGCCUUUGGUCUCCACCUCACCCGAUUUUUAGGAAUUCAUUUCUUUAUUACUAAGUAUUGUCAGAAUUGUCUCGCUUUCUGACGUAAGUUUGGAUCAAUUGUUUUUUUCUUUAAGCUCUUGUAGCACCUCAGGGAUUCUUUGAUGGAGGUCCGACUGCGGUCAAUCUUAUCUUGAGGUCGAGACUAAAUCAUCUGACACUUGGAGCUUAAAUCAAGUUAUUUUAAUCUUUCAUCCUGAACUCCGGAGAUCUAAUUGAACGGGAGAGGAAAUGCGAGAAAUGAAGACUUGACUUUGCUUCAUCGCGACUCUAAAAUAAACACAAUAAUACGUCCCGUUAGUUGCUGACAUUUAUUGUCUUGUAUGAAGCGCUUGUGUAAACGCUGGCAGGGCGAGAAGGCAACAAGGUCGGCCAGAUUCUGUGAUGCGUCUCGCACAAAGAAUUAGAGAUGAUGGAAAUAAUACUUUCAACAUGUUUUUAUUUAAUCAGCAAUUGGUCAAAGUGCUGGUUAGAAUAUUCAGAUGCAGACAGGAGGAGCAGGAAAAGCAUAUAUUUUGCGCAGAUAUAAUAUUGAACAAAUAUUAGUGAAACCUCUUUGUCUUAUCUUUCCCUCACAUUCCAAUACAUUCAAAGUAUGUAUCAAGUGAAUAUAACAAAGCAUGCGUAGUUUGUCUUCAUCUUA